AUGACUUCUACACCAUUUAAUAUUGAAAAACCAUUCAGAGUUGCCAUCAUUGGAUCCGGUAACUGGGGUACUGCUGUUGCUAAGAUCGUAUCUGAAAACACGGCUGAAAAACCAGAAGUGUUCGAAAAGCAAGUGAACAUGUGGGUUUUUGAAGAAGAAGUUGACGGACAAAAGUUGACUGAAAUCAUCAACACCAAACACGAAAACGUUAAGUACUUGCCAGAAGUCAAGUUGCCGGAAAACUUGGUUGCAAACCCAGACGUUGUUGACACUGUCAAGGAUGCAGACUUAUUAAUUUUCAACAUUCCACAUCAAUUCUUACCAAGAGUGUGUAAGCAAUUGGUUGGCCAUGUCAAGCCAUCUGCCAGAGCCAUCUCCUGUUUGAAGGGUUUGGAAGUUGGCCCAGAAGGUUGUAAGUUGUUAUCGCAAUCUAUCAACGAUACUUUAGGUGUCCACUGUGGUGUCUUAUCUGGUGCCAACAUUGCCAACGAAGUUGCCAGAGAAAGAUGGUCUGAAACCACCAUUGCCUACAACAUUCCAGAAGAUUUCAGAGGUAAGGGUAGAGAUAUCGACGAAUACGUCUUAAAGCAAUUAUUCCACAGAACCUACUUCCAUGUCAGAGUCAUCAAUGACAUCAUAGGUGCUUCUUUCGCUGGUGCUUUGAAGAAUGUUGUUGCCUGUGCUGUUGGUUUCGUUAUCGGUGCCGGCUGGGGUGACAACGCUAAGGCCGCUAUCAUGAGAAUCGGUAUCAGAGAAAUCAUCCACUUUGCCUCUUACUACCAAAAGUUCGGUGUCAAGGGUCCAGCUCCAGAAUCCACUACUUUCACUGAGGAAUCUGCCGGUGUCGCUGACUUAAUCACCACUUGUUCCGGUGGUAGAAAUGUCAAGGUUGCUAGAUACAUGAUUGAAAACAACGUUGACGCUUGGGAAGCCGAAAAGAUUGUCUUAAAGGGUCAAUCUUCUCAAGGUAUCUUAACUGCCAAGGAAGUCCACGAAUUGUUAACCAACUACAACUUAUCGAAUGAAUUCCCAUUAUUCGAAGCUACAUACAGAAUCAUUUAUGAAAAUGCCGAUGUCAACGAAUUCCCAGUCAUCUUAGAAAGAGAUUAG